CCACUGGCAGGCCCGCGGUCACACCCGACCCCUACGCCGAAGAAAAAACACGCGAACUUCCCCUCCGCAGCGAGCCGCCGAUCCCCUUCUGCGCUGCUCCUCGGCGCGGCUCUCUCCGGCGAAUCUGCAUGGCCGGUGGGUAGCCCCCAUCUCCCGCCCUGCUCCUCCCUAUCGCGCCGCUCGCUCCCUGUCUCCAGCAGCAGCCGACGCCCCACUCCGGCGGAAGGCCCCCCGUUCCCCCUCCCCACCUCCCAGGCCGUGGCCAUGAGCUCGUCCGGUAAGUUUCUCGCCCGGGAAGUCAGCCAAUCCUGGCUCCACCUCUGCGUCAAGGUGAUGACGGACGAGCAGAUGGAGGUGCUCCGGAAGCAGAUCUCCAUCUAUGCCACAAUCUGCGAGCAGCUCGUCGAGAUGCACUGUGCCCUCACCGCGCACCAGGACUCCAUUGCAGGGGACCGGUGGUAAGAUGUGGUUCAUGGUGUGUCAUCCAGGGGCGGACGCAUGUUGUGGCGAGUGGGGGCCCAGGACCCCGCUCGAUUCAUCGUCCUCUUCGUACUACGCCCCGAUGCUAGCGAGCAGGCCCCCGGUCGGGCUAUAGCAGGCUGAAGGCGUGCGUCUACCCUGCUGCCGCCUGCCGCUUCGACUCUGGGAGCUCACAAUUAAUAGCGAGAAAAACGAAGAGGCGAGCCCUCGGCCGCCGCUUGGUUGGACCAUUGGUGGAUCGCGGCUUGGCGGGUGCCAGUCCUGUGCCAUCCGGUCGCCGGCCACCGGCGGCGCCACCGUCGACGGGUGUACAGCAGCAACGGAUGAACGGAGCAUCCUCAGCAACUCAUCUCUAAUCAGGGAAGAAAAGGGAAGAUAGUGGAGAAGUAUUUGAUAAAGAAAUCAGCAAAUGCCAACACCACCACCCAGCCCCAGGGGGCUAUCACCAGCAACAAUUCAAGUGGCAGUAGUAAUGCAUCAAGACCUGCAGGAAAACAUAAUUCUGUUGUGCCUGAACUAGUUGAUUUGAAUAAGCUCCCUCGGGAUCCAGCUAAAAGGAAGCGAAUGGCAGAUUAUCACCCCAACCAACGUGACGAGAUAAGAAGGAAGUAUUUGAUUUGGGGACCUAAUCAGCCCCGCAAAUUGGAAUUUCCAUACAGGGAGAUUGGGAAGAAGAAAAAAAAGAGGAGAUUCAAUCCGGAUUGGUAUGAUGAUUAUGCUUAUUGGCUAGAGUACAGCGAGAAGGAGCACAAAGCCUAUUGCUUAUGCUGCUAUUUGUUUAGGGACAACAUUAAAGACAACCACCAUGGGCACGAUGCAUUUGUAGUAGAAGGUUUCAACUGUUGGAACAAGACAGAGAGAUUUGUAACUCACGUCGGUGAUCGUAACAGCUGUCACAAUAGAGCACUCUAGGAUUGCGAGGAUCUAUUAAAGCAAGAUCAAUCAAUCCCUGCAGCCUGGAAUAGACAAAGCCAAACUGAAAAGAAUGAGCAUCUCAUCAGGUUAAAUGCCGCAAUUGAUGUUUGUCGAUACUUGUUGCAUCAGGGACAACCUUUCCGUGGCCAUGAUGAAUCUAAAGAUUCUGAAAAUAAAGGAAAUUACCUUGAGUUGAUGGACUACAGUAUUAAGCAAAAUGAUGUUGUUGCUAAGGCAUUCAAGAAUGCUCCAAAUAAUAAUCAAAUGUUGUCUCCCAAAAUUCAGAGAGAUAUUACCGAGUGCUUUGCAAAAGAAGUACUAGGCCAUGUGAUGAAAGAAAUUGGUAAUGGUGUGUUCAGCUUAUUAGUUGAUGAGUGUAGGGAUGUUUCCGACAAAGAACAAAUGGCGGUUGUUCUCCGAUAUCUUGAUAAGUGUGGACUGGUCCAAGAGAAGUUUGUUGGUGUUGUUCAUGUGGAGGAGACAACAUCUUCUUAUCUCAAGUCUUGCAUAGAUUUAUUAUUUUCACAACUUGGGCUGAAUCUUGAACAAGUUAGAGGCCAAGGUUACGAUGGAGCAAGUAAUAUGUCUGGUGAGUUUAAUGGUUUGCAAGCUAAAAUUAUGAAUGAGAACAAAUCAGCAUAUUAUGUACAUUGUUUUGCUCAUAAACUCAACUUGGUUGUUGUGGCUAUUGCAAAGAAGAUAUUCGAGGUCGGAGAUUUCUUUGAUAUGGUUUCAGUUUUGCUGAAUGUCGUGGGCGCGUCUUGCAAGAGAAAAGACCAACUUCGUGAGCAUCACCAAGAAGAAGUGAGAAAAGCAAUAGGAUGUGGAGAGAUUGCUACGGGGACUGGACUGAAUCAAGAAUUAUCUCUUCAAAGACCAGGUGACACUCGAUGGAACUCCCAUUAUAAAACAUUGUUGGGUUUGUCAAAGAUGUUCUCGUCGGUGGUUAAAGUUCUAGAAUAUGUUGAGAAAGAUGGCACAGAUACUGGAAAGAGGCGUCAAGCUAGAGGUCUUCUCAAAUAUUUCCAGACUUUUGAUUCUGCAUUUUUCUUACAUAUGAUGAUGAUGAUAUUAGCUUUAACAAAUGGACUAUCAAAAACCUUACAGAGAAAGGAUAAAGACAUUGUAAAUGCUAUUUCAGAUGUGGAAUCAACUAAACGGGAGUUAGAAAAGCUCAGAACCAAUGAAGGGUGGGAUUCUCUUAUGAGGAAGGUAUACUGUUUCUGUGAGAAACAUGACAUUCCAGUACUGGACAUGGAAGACGCCUAUGUUAACCCAAAGAAGCCAAGACAAAAGACCGGUAUUAACAAUGAACAUUAUUACUGUGUUGACUGUUUCUUUGCUGUUCUGGAUCUGUUAGGAGAAGAGUUUAAUGACAGAUUUAAUGAGGUAAAUUCUGAGUUGCUUCUAUGCAUGUCUGCUUUGAGCCCAAGUGAUUUAUUUUCUCGUUUUGACAAGGCGAAGUUGCUGAAAUUAGCUAAGCAUUAUCCCGAUGACUUUAAUCACCAAGAUAUGGUGACUCUUGAGCAUGAACUUGGUCUCUACAUAGAUAAUAUACUCCAUGAUACAAGGUUUUCUAGCUUGGACAAAAUAGGUGAUCUAGCUAAACUGAUGGUGGAUACAAGGAAGCACCUCUCCUAUCCUUUGGUAUAUCGGCUUUUGAAGCUAGCUUUGACUCUUCCUGUUGCCACUGCCACUGAUGUGUUUCUGUUUUCUCCUGCCACUGCCACUGUCGAAGUGCAGCCCUUUCCUGUCGCAGUAGGAGUGGCACUGAUCCAGCAUGAUAUCCUGCUCUGGCUGUAUUCCAAGAAAUAAACAUCCUUGGCUUCGAACUCCCCA